AAAACUCUCCGAGGUUCGACAACACAUACGUGGCACAUUGCUUUAAAGAAAAGUCAAUCUGACUGGAACUUAGUUCUCAUCAACAACUUAUCCUGUCCAUCCAAAAUGGCUGCAUCCACAGCAGACUUCCCUCCCAAACUCACCCCCCACGACCCCCGCGUCGUCUCCAAAACCGCCACCAUCAACGGCAAGAAAUACCACUACCUCUUCUCCGCCCCUCCCCCUCCUACCGAUGGCGGCGACGCCUCCCAACCUCGCGGAACCGUCCUCCUCAUCCACGGCUGGCCCGACCUCUCCUUCGGCUGGCGCUACCAAGUACCCUUCCUUGUAUCUCUCGGUCUACGCGUCAUUGUCCCCGACCUGCCUGGCUUCGGCCGGUCUGAGUCGCCCGCGGAACUGACCGCCUACUCGUUCAAGUCCGUCACCCACGACCUGCUCGAGCUGGUGGAGAGCGAAGUCCCCGGUGGGCGUCAGCAGAUUGAGAAGGAAAGCGGAAUUAUUGUGGGUGGACACGACUGGGGCGGCGCCGUGGCCUGGCGGUUUGCGCUCUGGUUUCCCGACGUGACACGGGCCGUGUUCUCCGUCUGCACGCCCUUCUGGGCGCCGAGAGCGGGCGAGUUCGUCCCGCUGAAGCAAAAGGUCGAGACGGUGCUGCCGAAUUUCCGCUAUCAGCUGCAGUUGUCGGGGCCCGAGUUUGAAGCACAGGUAAAGGGCGAGGAGAAGAUCAGGCAGUUCUUGAGUGGCAUGUAUGGCGCCAAGGGACCGGAUGGGGAGCGCGUGUUCACGACGGAGAAGGGCUGUUUGUUUGAAAACUUGCCCAAGAUGGGCAAGAGCCCGUUGUUGGAUGAGCAGGAGAUGGAUUACUAUGUGAAGGAGGUGGCGGGUAAUGAUGGGGGAAGCAUGAGGGGAGGUCUGAAUUGGUAUAGGACCAGCGAGGUGAACUAUGAGGAUGAGAGGGAGCUGUUGAAGCAGUUGGAGAAGAGGGGGAAGAACGCAAAUGGGGAGAAGAUUGUGGAGCCGCCGGCGCUGUUUGUUCUGGCCACGAGGGAUGCGGCCUUGCCGCCGGCGAUGGCCCAAGGCAUGGAGAGGUUCUUCGAGAAGAAGCUGAUGAGGAGAGAGGUGGAGGCUAGCCAUUGGGCGUUGUGGGAGCAGCCGGUCAAGGUGAACCAGGCUAUUGCGGAGUUUUUGGGUGGUGUGUUGACUGAGGGGGAUGCGAAGCUUUGAGCGAGCGGAGGUGCCUUGAUGUUCUCAUGUUGUGUAACUAGGCUGCUGGUUGAAGAAAAGCUCUAGGGAACGCUAUCAAAGGAAGUAUUUUGCUUAGUAGGGCAUCUACCAAAACCGCGGCUGCAA